AUCUUUGUCUCUCUCACGCGUCACUCCAUUCCGAACACUAUCGCUACUCUUUCGUGCGUCCCGUUCGCGCGCGACGUCACAGCGAACUCUCUCUCUCUUUCUCUCACUCGCGCGCGCACAUACACACCGAUACUCUUUCGCUACCGCGACCGCGGACGAAGUGGGGAGAGUGGGAACGGAGUCACGGAAGAGGUUCCCUGGUGGUGGGGGAACCGGCCGGGCAGCCGAGUGGGAGCGAGCGCGGCCGAAGGGAAUACCGCGGAGUGGGGGUAACCGUGGCAGCGCUGGCGGAGCAGCGAGGCAGGGGUCGGCAGUCGACUGGUCUGAAGUGAGGGGGAGACGAGUGCGGCGGAGCGAGCGAGAGGGAACGAGCGCGCGAGAGGAGUGGACGACCCCUCUAGCCGGGCGAUGCCACUCAACUGAAUCCCCGCUACGUUCUCGCGGCAGUCUGACGCCGGUCGCGCAGUCAGCAUGGCUGGAUUUUCGCGCAGUUUUUCGCCGGUCCUCCCGUGCUGAGGGCUCCGGACAGACCGCAUUCACGGGGUGACGUCGCACUCGCUCGCCGUCGUGCGAGGUAUCGGCCUCGCGUCCGCCGUACGUCGACGACGUCACCGUCGCCGUCGCCGUCGUUGUCGUUGUCGUCGUUGUCGUCCCGUCUCCCUUCUCGCCGCGAGGCGCGCGCGUAGUGCCCGUCCAAUUUAUCACUACCUGACCGAGGAGAACGAGAAGCCCGAGGAAGGACGCCAGCUGCUUGAACCUAACCUCCAAGCGCCGAAGACCGUCCUAAGGGAGCACACGCUCGCGACCGCAAUUCGCGUCCAACGUGGCUUCCGUCCCGCCGAUUUUAUCACGUCGCGCUGAUCUCACGGGAGGAGAAGGAUCCGCGAUCUCUCGCGGUCAAUUUCUCGCGUGUUCGAGCGAUACAUCGAGAGCGACAGAGAGAAAGAGAGAGAGAGAGAAAGAGAACAGGACAGACUUUGGCACGUCUUCAUCGCGGAAUUGUCCGGAGGGGCAAUACCUCGGUUGUGUCGAUCGUGAGGUGAUUGACGACGAGAGGGGGCGAGGUGGUAAUACGCGCCGGUAUAUACGACAAAUGACAGUGCGCAGUGAGAGAGAGAGAAGAGCGAGCCGCGGACACGAAAAGAAAGGCUGCGAGGCGGGCUGUAAAUUUUGACCUCGAGAAAGGAAGAGAGAAGAGGCCCUCGUUCCUUCCAGGCCGGCUGUUCGGAACACGGAACGAAUCGGAGACCCCGGAGUUCCACGGAAUUUUCCUAACGAGUGAUACCAUGGAAUUCUCCAACACUGGACGAAAAGGGUCGCCGACGCAAAGAAAUAAACUCCGAAAAUUGUUUCGCGUAAGAAACACUGCGCCUGUACAUCGUUCCUAAUUGACAGACAGAGGUAGGAGCCGGCGACGGGGGGUAACUAGAAGCGGGAAUGAGAAGAGGGUCGGGUCGGGCGGAAGACACGAAGCAGCGUUCGAAAUUUACGAGUGAGUCGGUUUGCUUGCACGUCGUGGGAGGGGGGGUCCAAGAUGGUGUCUAGGGGCGGUCGUGCGCCGUAACAAAUGGUUCAACCGUGAACCCGCUCGCAACGACACCGGAAACAGGCGGCAGCUAUCCGGCGAGCGAGCGAGUGAACGAAUAGAGAGAAAAAGGGAGGUCCGCAAGAAUUCGCGAGGACACGAAUUGUGAAGCUUGCCCUGGCCAUCUCUCGCGUGGCGAAUUGCUCCGAGGCACGAAAGCCUCGAACGGCAGAGUCGCGAAUCGUUUACAUCGAAAUUGCCCGGAGACAAGAACGAUUCUGUAACGUCAACGAUGAGACGGCAUACGUUUCGCGACGAUCGUUUCGUCAGAAAGCGUGUUGAGACUUUCUAAUACGCGGACCUGGGGAUGACGAGGUGUCGCGCGUCACGACACACUGAAAUCUCGAUGACAGUUCAUCCAUGGUAGCCCGGCCAGAUGGGUUAAAAAAUUGCGCGAUAUUGACGGCACGGUCUCGUGCUGCUUGUGCGAAAUGGCGAUCAUCCCGCGUUUCCGAAAGUGCAACAAGUGGUGUCUAGAUCCUCAAUGCUGAGACAUCAUCGAUGUUACUCGACAAACGGACGAGGGGAUUUGAUCCGGGGCCGAUCAGGUUCGCGACCGCCGGUUGGAUCGGGAGAAUCUUGAACAGGAGGGACCGCCGUAUCUUAGAACGUACGCAGUGCCAGCGGGAUUAAGCGCGUUUAAUGAACUUUGAAUUCGUCUCGUCCGUCUCAAGUACGAUCGUCUUGAAAUUUCUUCGUCAGGAUUUCCUUCGCCGUUCUAAGUAGAUUUACCUCCAACGUGAGGAAACGUUCGACUAACGCAUCGAGAGUCGAGAAGUCCCGGUCCAAUGCUGUUCGUUAACUUCGUCAAAGGGUACUUUAUUGAUUGUGAGAUCGAAAGGUAUACGACGAGUAACCUCGAGCUCGUGUUUUAACCUGAUUCCAACCAUUGGCUUCCCUCAAACUCGAGGUACUUGGAUUUACCAAUAUCGCCACUCACGAAGAAGAUACGUAGAAAUUAAGGAAAUAAUUAAUUCAUACAAUGAUUUGCUCUCAUUGAACGAGGGAAAAUCUAGUGUUAUAAAUUAAUAUACGUAUAUUGAUGUUCGUUAAAACGUAGCGCGAUUCAAUGUUGCAUGUGAAUGCUCGAAGAAGGACUGCAAACGCGAGAACAUGGCGACGAAGGUGCUCUAUACUGUGCAGACGAAAAAAUGAUCCCCGCUCGCCGGGGAUCAUCAACGAUUCUUGGAGCUGCUACCUGACCUUUCGUCGGCAGAUCCGUUGACUAUAAAGUGGCAGCAUAACCGUUCGCACGCCGCGGGCAGACACGUCCCGUGCAGACUCGCUCGGGGACCGGGGACUUCGCGAUAAUCCACGUCGAGGCGUUGUCGCAUCCGCAGAGACGUCGUCGAAUGAGACGAUGGUGCUGAGGAUAUCCGCAAACGAAGCUGGCGUUCCUCUACUGGGCGCCGUCGGUCCGCGCUACGUCGUCAAGCAGGCGACGGUGAAGCGCUGCGUCGCGGCACUACUGCUCGUCUCUCUCGGCAGUAUAUUCUACUACACUCAUUACAUCAUCAGCAGUGGACCGCUAUCCAGUUUAAUACAUCGAGAUACAAGGCCAGAGCCAGCGAUACGAUGUUCGACUCUGAAAGGGGCGACUAGACUACCGUCAGCACCAGACCAUCGCAGUGAAGCUCGAUUAAGGAUAGACCCGAAGGUGUUGGUCUUCGUAGAAACUCUAUACUCGAGGCUAGGCCGAGAGAUAGCUGAGCUGCUAGUUUAUAAUCGAAUAAAGUACAAAGUGGAGGUGGCCGGUAAAUCUUUACCGGUGCUGACAAAUCUCGAUAAGGGUCGGUACGGGGUGCUGAUCUUCGAGAAUCUAAAUAAGUACCUGCAGAUGGACAAAUGGAAUCGCGAGCUGCUCGACAAAUAUUGCAGGGAAUAUUCAGUUGGCAUCGUGGGUUUUGCUCCUCCAGGAGAAGAGAGUCUCGUUGGUGCUCAGCUGAAGGGCUUUCCACUUUUUAUACACACUAAUCUUAGAUUGAAGGAUGCUCAGCUGAAUGCGGCGUCUCCCAUACUUCGAUUAACCAGAUCGGGGGAAACGGCCUGGGGACCACUUCCUGGCGGCGACUGGACUAUUUUUCAGGCCAAUCACAGCACCUACGAGCCGCUCGCUUGGGCGUAUCGAGACAGCUUCGACUAUCCGGCCAACAAAAGUCCCCUGGCUACCGUCAUCCAGGAUCACGGCAGAUAUGACGGAAUUCAAAGAGUUCUUUUCGGCGGCGGCCUACGGUUUUGGCUGCACAAAUUGCUGUUGCUGGACUCGUUAUCCUACCUAUCUCACGGGCAAUUGAGUCUCAGCUUAAAUCGUAUGAUCCUGGUAGACGUCGACGAUAUAUUCGUCGGCGAGAAAGGCACCAGACUGAGGAAAGAUGAUGUAAUGGCGUUACUAGCCACUCAACAGAGAAUUCAAGCUUUGGUGCCGGGAUUCAAAUUUAAUUUGGGGUUUUCCGGGAAAUAUUUUCAUCACGGGACGCCAGAGGAGAAUUUGGGGGACGACAUGCUUCUGGAGAACGUAGACAGAUUUACGUGGUUUUCCCACAUGUGGAAUCACCAACAACCGCAUCUUUACGAGAAUGUAACUCAUCUACAACUGGACAUGGCGUUGAACAAGCAAUUCGCAAAGGACCACGGUAUACCGACCGGAAGCGGAUACAGCGUAAGUCCGCAUCACUCCGGCGUUUACCCGGUCCACGAAGGCCUCUAUGAGGCGUGGAAACGGGUAUGGAACAUCAAAGUCACAAGCACCGAAGAAUACCCACACCUAAGGCCGGCCCGUUUGAGACGCGGCUUUAUCCAUCGUAACAUUAUGGUCCUACCGAGGCAAACAUGUGGCCUUUUUACUCACACGAUUUUUAUCGAAAGAUAUCCGGGCGGAAGGGAGAAACUAGAUGAGUCGAUACAAGGCGGAGAACUUUUCCAAACGAUCGUAUAUAAUCCGAUAAAUAUUUUUAUGACACAUAUGUCGAAUUAUGGAAACGAUCGACUGGCAUUGUACACUUUUGAAUCAGUUAUCAAAUUUAUUCAGUGUUGGACGAAUUUAAGGCUAUCCAGUGCACCACCGCUUCAGCUUGGAGAACGUUACUUUCAGUUGUAUCCCGAGGAAGCCGAUCCAGUGUGGGGAAAUCCAUGCGAUGAUCAGAGACAUCAGAAGAUUUGGUCUCGUAAUAAAACGUGUGAUCAGCUACCGCGAUUUUUAGUAAUUGGACCUCAAAAAACAGGCACCACGGCGUUAUAUACAUUCCUGUCCAUUCAUCCAGCAAUAAGCAGCAAUUUACCAAGCCCCGACACUUUUGAGGAGAUACAGUUUUUUAAUGGAAAGAAUUAUUACAAAGGUCUUGAUUGGUAUAUGAGCUUCUUUCCAGCAUCAAAAAAUGAGAGUUCUCGAUAUCUCUUUGAAAAAUCCGCCACUUAUUUUGACGGAGAAUUAGUGCCACGAAGAGCCCAUGCCCUUCUACCAAGAGCUAAGUUAAUCACCAUACUACUCUCUCCAGCUAGACGCGCUUAUUCAUGGUACCAGCAUACGAGAGUACAUGGAGAUCCGGUAGCGAACAAUUACUCCUUCCAUGCGGUCAUCACAGCGAGUGAUUCUGCACCGAAACCCCUACGGGAUCUUAGAAAUAGGUGUUUAAAUCCUGGAAAAUACGCCCAACAUUUAGAAAGAUGGCUAUCGUUCUAUGUACCGCAACACUUACACAUUAUUGAUGGUGAACAAUUACGACAAAAUCCUGUAGAAACACUGCACGAAUUACAACGAUUUCUGAAAAUAACACCUGCCUUCAAUUAUUCCUCGCACUUGAGGUACGAUCCAAAAAAGGGUUUUUUCUGUCAAGUAACGAAUGAAGACCGCACUAAAUGUCUCGGCAAAAGUAAAGGUCGCCAAUACCCACCGAUGGAAGAUAGAUCGUAUAAAUUAUUACAGAGAUAUUAUUUAUCUCACAACACGGCUCUAGUGAAAUUAUUAAAGCGGCUUGGGUCUAGAACGAUCCCACAAUGGCUGAAGGAGGACCUCACCGACACUGUGAUGACCUAGCAAACGCCAAUUACAUGAAACUUUAAUGUUUCCCGUCUGCUCGCUUCCGCUGUCAGCGAGAUACGUCGCUUGUUAAUGGAAGACUUGUAAAGUAAUUGUACAUUAAAAACUCCACUGGAUUCCACAUCCUCAGAGGGAAGGACCAUAAUGGCCUAUAUCAGUGGACUGGCCUAAUGUAAUUGGAGAUCCUGCAAAAGCUAGUCAUAUAAGCGGCUUUACGAAGUUCCAGUUAUAAAUGUCGAUCAUUAUUAAGCUAAUAAUACUAGUUUUAUAUUAUCAUCCCAUUUAUUUUAUUAUUAUUUGCUAUUGUGUAUAUUAUUUAAUAUAUCAUUAUCAUCGUUACCGCGAUAUAGAUAUUAGAAAUGUUAUUUGCUCACUAGUGCCAUUAACCAGCAAAUCAUAAUUAAGCAUUCAUCUAUUUAUUCAUGCAUAAAUUGAACAAAAUAAAAUACGGUCAACACAUAUGAAUUGAAAAUUAUGCAAAAGAAAGAUAUAUACAUAUAUAUAUCUUUAUAAAAUAAAAAACAAACUUGUUUUUAUAAAUUUUACGACAUAAGAACAGAUUUCAUGUAUCAAAGACGUUUAUUGGAGUAAAAAUUUUUUAAAUAAUGUCUAAUACUGAGCACAAAUAAAUUUUGCUAUCAACGCGAUACGAAUGUUGUAACGAAUGAUAUUGAAAAGUACUUUUUUGGCGAAUUGUAAUGUUUUAAAGUGUAAAUUCGAUUUUCUUAAUAUUAGACUGUCCAAAUCAUGAUGUUUUGAAACGUAUAUUCUUAAUGUGUAUGGAUUAUCGAUGAAUUGUACAACUGAGUAAUUUUUCAGUUAGACAGUUUAUCGAUCAAUCUUCUUGCACCAAUCAUUGGAUCGUCCAUAUGAGCGUGAGAUUUCGGGAUUUUGAGAGCUUUUCUCUUAAGCCCACCAUUUUCGGAGAUACAGUGUAUAUUAAUUCUCGUUACAUAUUUAAGAUUGAUGACGACAAGAAAUCUAUGUAUAUUUUGACAAUACUAUUCUUGGUAUCCGCGGUGGAAAGGCCAAUAAAAGAUGUGUGAUCGCGUCCGUUUGUACAUUCAUGUAACGCAUUAUUUUAAUGUUAAUAUAGAUGUAAAAAAAAUAGAAAGGAAACGGACAGUUUAAAUGUAUCUGAAAUGAAUUUGAAAAUUUGCUGAUCUCUGAUACUUUGACGAACAUCUGCAAUAAUCAACACUAUCAGAGUUGAAACUCAUGCGAUUAUUAAAUUGAAAAACAAUUGUUUGGCGCACUGUGCAAAUUACCCGCUGACAAAUUGUAUGAAAUUAUGCGUAUGUGAAAAUAAUUUCACGAUUAUUGUGUAUUAUGUACAUUGAUAUAUCGUGGAUUUUAUAAAUGUUGUAAAGAAUAUAACUAGAUCUUAUCUUUCAGCGGGUAAAUCCAAAUAAUUAUACAGUGAUUUUCGAAAUUAUUUUUUGGACAUAUAUUUUUUAAUUUUGAUAUACACACAAAGUCUUGUAUAAUUAUACAUUUGUGUAACUGCUUUGUUUCGAAAUAAUAUUAGUAACUUACAAUAUUUAUUUUAUUGUACUUGAAAAAAAUAUGCAUAGAAUUGACCCAAGGAGAUUUGUUCGUCAAAAGAGCGAUAAUAGGAUCUGAUUAUUGUAUACGUAUAUUUUUUUUAUUUAUUUAUCCCUUAUACGUAUAAUAUAUAUAUAUAUCAUCUCCAAUUAUGUGAACUGUAUGUACAAAUAUUUUUAAUAAUACUGAUUGUAUCUGUGACCAUAUCUAAUUGUACAUUAUAACGAAUUUAUGAGAUUUUAAGGAUCUCAUGGCAGGUAUCUGCAUAUAAAUAUCUGCUUGCCACACUUUCUACAGAAAAGUGUACUAAUAUCGUGUGUACGGCCCGUUAGGAAAAAGUUCAAAACGAGCAAUAUAUAAGAUCAGGAGAGAAUUUUUUUGCAGGUUUAUCACUGUAUUAGUUUUCUCGUAUUAAAAACGUUUCUGAUAAUGCCAUUACAUUGGAUAUUGUAUAUGAAUAACGUUAUAUUUAGACAGAAACCUUUUGUUAUGUUUGUACAACUUGUUUUCAUUUUUAUACUGCCGUUAAAACCAUGCCAUAUAACAUUUAACAAAUCAUGUACAAAGUUUAUUGUUAGUAUUAUAAUAGUAGUUGCUAAUGAUAAUAUCAAUUGAUUGAUCUGUUUCGUCGAAUCGUGCCAUUUUACCAGUGUUGUAUAUAUGAUUAUAAUUAUAAUAUAUCAAUCGCGAAAUUGGAUUUUUAGAAUCAAUAUCCUUAAUUUUGUUCAGUAUGGCAGUAGCAACAAAUGUCCGGAUUGCUACUACCUGACAAUAACCUAACGGCAGACAAAGAUAAGUGAUAAACCCCGCGGAAUUUAUCAAAAUCACACAUGUAAACAGGAAAUGUAAACAGAUUUAGCCCACAUUUAGCAUUAUCUCACCGCUGAUCUUCGUUGUGUAUUUAUUCUUUCUAUUUUACAUUUUACAUUAUAUUUUUUUCUAUUUGUAUAAAUAAUUAUUAUAUAAUAAUGAUUAUAAAAACGGUAAUAAUUAAAAUAAAAAGCAAUACAGUUACGUAGAGUAUCAAUAUCUGAGAGCUGUCAAAUUUUAUAUCUGAAUUAAAAAUUAUUCUCUCAUUCCAUACAUGUACACAUUUUAUAUACUAAUCAUUAAUCUGUGGUGACAUAUUGCUGAUCUUUAUCAAAUUUCGCGGGUGCGAAUUUGCUUGCGUAUAAACGCAAAGAAAUGGCGAGCAUUCUGUAAAUAUUUUAUUCCAAUAUAGACUGCCCACAGGAGAAAAGAAAAUGCCAUCGUUGUAUGAAUAAAUGAAAUAAACUGCGCGUAGAAUGUGUGUAUGAUACUUCAAUUAUUUAACUUAUGACUAUUCUAAUGUAAAAUACUGUAAUAAUUGUACGAAUAGUCUGUAAGUUCUAAUAAAAGAGGCACCAAAAAAUCCUA